AUGUUCGGUCAAGAAGUUGGCACAAUCGUGAACAAUACCAGAGAUGAUCACGAGUCCCUUUUGCUCCUUGGCCUUCUCGAAGAAAGUGGACUUGUCCCACACUGGAAGCUCGCUCAACUGAGGACCCCAGUUGAGCUUGGCUCUCAUUCUGUCGAUCUUCUUUUGUUGCUGUUGCAAAAUUCCCUGGUCAAUGGCGUUCUGAGAGAAUUUCUUGAGGUUGAAGGCCAAGCCGACCUUCGACAUGCAGUAAAUGACAACCUUGGUUGGGUCGUAUUGGUACCACUUCAGAGCGUUUCUGUAGUCCGAAGGGAACUCGUGGUGGAAGUUGUGGUAGCCUUCUCCGAAAGUAACCAGAGCGGUCAAGAUGUGGUCUCUUGGGGUUCUUCUGUCGUCAAAUGGUUGCUCUCCAAUCCAGUGAGCAAGAGAGUUCACACAGAAAGUAGCUUGUUGAAUGAAGGCGGCUCUGAGCAAUCCAGCGUAAAUGAAUCCUCCCCAGAAGUCGUUAAACAAAUCGCUAAUGUCGGCUCUUGCCUUGUAUCUUGGGUUUGGAACAAGAAGCAUCCAUCCCAUGUGGGAGUACCAAAAACCUCUCUUGGCAUCAUAUGGAUCUCUUGGUGUGUCUGUGUAUCUGUGGUGGACUCUGUGUUGGUGUCCCCACAUCUUGAUGGAACCUUCAAUGGCAGAGGCACCAAAAAGAGCAAAGAAGAUCUUCAAAGGAGCUUUGCAAUCGUAGGCUCUGUGAGCCCAGUGUCUGUGGUAUCCGGCGGUGAUGGAGAGACCGCCAAAGCAGUAGAGAAUGAUGGCGGUGACGAAUGUGUUCCAAGUCAAUGGAACCCAUCUUGUGGAAACCAAUCCUCCCACAGGCACAGCCAAGACAAGGAUGAAGUUCAACCAAUUGAUGUGCUUGUGCCAGUUUUCAAGGGUCCAAGGUCCAGACCAGCUUCGAAAAGAAGCGGCACGUCCAAAACAACCAUCGCCUCCAUACGGAACCAGCUGCGGAACAUUGACCAUCUUAAACGCUGGCUCGACGGGAGCACUGGAGGGCCCUCGGCCAAGAUUUCUCCCAAAAUAGAUGCUGUGUCGGAUCCUCAAACCGGCCGGUCGAUCUUUGCGACGUCAAAGCUUGCCACAAACGAGCUGAUCAUUACGAUCCCGUAUUCGUACAUGCUUAACUAUGUGACCAUUCUCAAACAUCUGGAGUGCCAUACUACGUGGAAUUCUCCCGCGGUUAGCAAAAGCUAUGUUUAUGUUCCUGAAGAGCCAAAAUCAGCGCUGUAUUCCAAGUUUGAUCUGACAAAAACUCUUAAACUGUCGUCUUUCCAACUGGUUUCGCUCUACCUGGUUUUAGAGAGUCAUAGACCAGAAUCGUUCUGGAAACCAUUUAUAGAUGUUCUUCCCAACCUGAAUGAUUUUGACAGUGUGCCUCUCCUCUGGAUCGUCGAGUCAGAUCCUGUUUUCGACCUGCUACCAUUGGCAAUAAAAAACCACGCUAAAGCCCAGCACGAUAAGUUUCUACAAGAUUACGAGGUCGUUCAGACUUUCUUGGCAGAGUAUAUCACCGAUGCGCAAAUAAUGGUUCCUUUGAAAGAGUUUCUUUGGGCAUGGCUUUGUUGUAAUUCAAGAUGUCUCUAUAUGGAGCUCCCAGAAAUACUUGACAAACAGCUUGAAGACAAUUUCACUCUCGUUCCCUUUGUUGACUUUAUCAACCAUUCCCUGGACGACCAGACCCAGGUCAGUCUGUCACCUGUUUCUGGAUUCCAGGUCACCAUUGGAGAGCAUGCCUACAGUCCAGAAGACCAGAUAUUUUUCAGCUACGGAGCACACAACGACGACUUUCUGCUCUGCGAAUACGGAUUUAUGCUGGAAGAAGGCAAGAACAUAUGGAAUACCGCUGAUUUAACUCCAUAUGUCGAGUCACUAUUGAAACCAGACCAAAAGAAACUAUUAGAAGAAUACAAUUACAACGGAGACUACACUGCAACCAAGGACGAAAUAUCAUUUAGAACAGAAGUCGCAUUGGUCACUCUGAUAGAAAAACGAACUUCCAAAGUCAUAGACCUGAUCAACGGUCUCAACAACGGAUCAGCAUACAAAAAGACAAUUAAUGUACCUUCGAUGCGUUGGACAAGUCAAUCAAUAGUGAUCGUCCUGCUUGUCCCAACGGUCGUAACUCCGUCUUCUUUGAUCGUUCCUACCACGAUUGUCCCUGCUUCCAAAAUUUCUAUCAGAUCUUCUUCCCGAAUUCCAGUCGUUAUCCCUGUUUCUGUUUCCGCUUCCGUUUCCGUUUCUGUAUCCAUUUCUGUUUCCAGAUCUGUUCCCAUUUCUGUUUCCAUAGCUAUUACCUCUUGGUCUGUAGUUUCCCUUCAAAACACCGUCAACUUGGAACACUCCAUCAAUGUCCUCUUUGGUGACACCGAAUCUAUCCAGAUCACGUGCAGAGACCUGCAACAGGCGUUCACCUCCAACCAUGGCCUGGUAAAGGCGACCACAGUCCAAAACCAAAGCCUUAGGAUCGGCAUCGCGAUCGAGCCUUGGAACAGAGGCGUAAGUUCCCAGCAUAGAGGAAAGCAACGAGUUUCUCUCAGCAUAAAACUUCUCUGCCUUGGACAAAAUAGAAAUGGACUCUCCAGUGGUACCUGCUCUUCCUGUUCUUCCGACUCUGUGAGUGUGAGAAGCAGUCUCGAGUUGCACACCAAGCUGGAUCACGCAGUUGACACCUGGGAAAUCCAUACCUCUGGCACCAACGUUGGAAGAAAUCAGCACACCGCUUCUAGCAUUUCUGAAUCUAGUCUGAACAGUGUUACGUCUAGACUGUCUCAAGUUUCCGUGCAAAGGAAGCACUGGGAACCGUGGGCCAAACUUGUUACCCAAAAUUUCUCUGGCAAGUUCAUAGAAGUACUCGGUGGCCUUGAUGUUUGGCAUAAACACAAUCACCUUUGA